AUGUUCCUUUUUGGUCUACGAUUUUUUAAGCAUCAUCAAGGAAUACAGACAUCUAAUAAAAAUGUUUUCCUGAAGUUUAAAUCAUUACCAGUCCGGAAACAAUUGCCUCAAAGGUAUUUGCAACCAAUUCGAGGCGUUUCCACGUCUGCAGCAGACACAGCGGUAGCAGCUACAGCUACUACAGCUAACACGGUUGGUAUAAGUAAUUCCUGGUGGCCGUAUGCUUUUCUUCAAAAUGCAGCUUACUCGAUUAAUAUUUAUGCCGGAGCACCUUGGUGGGUGUCUAUCAUUGCGACAACAAUCGGUGUUCGUUUUGCCCUUUUGCCAUUAAUGCUAAAAUCUUUUCGAACAAGCUCGAAACUUACAGUACUUCAGCCUGAAAUGAAGAAAGAACUCGAUUCCAUCAAAUCAGCCAAGUUAGAAAAUGACCAAAUGGGUCUUAACCAGCACAGUAUGGCUUUAAGGGCUUUGUAUAUUAAACAUGAAGUUAGUCCAUUGUCUAUUUUUAUGCUUCCUCUUACCCAAAGUGUUGUGUUCUUUAGCUUUUUCUAUGCAAUUCGUCAAAUGGCUCGAGUGCCUGUGGAAGGCUUCAAGGAUGGUGGUAUUGCCUGGUUUCAAGAUUUAUCGGUACCAGACCCCUAUUUCAUUUUACCUAUGAUUAACGCAGCAUUCAUGUUCACAGGAAUGCAACUAAAUCGAUCAAACACAGCAUCUACUAUUGGUAACUCUCCCAAUUGGAGUACCUUCUUUUUUCUUUGCUGUCUUUUAAGUCCCCUUUUUACUCUUAAACUUCCUGCUGCUAUAUUCUUGUACUGGAUUCCCAGCAGCAUUUUCAACAUUGUGCAAGGCUUCAUUUUGAAAAGGCCUGCCAUCCGUCAGAAACUUGGAUUCGCUCCUCUUCCCCCUGCAGUAGACAAAGCCAUCUCUGGCAAAAAUCUUUUACGAAAUCCUUUCAAGGCAGUUCGUGACAUGUACAACGGAAUUAAAGAUGCCCUUCGAGGAAGAUAUGAUCAGCUUAAAGUUGAUAUGGAAAAACGAGCUCUAGCUACCAGACCUGUCAAUGUCGUUCGACCGAAUGAUCAUUAUAGAAAGUUGAAAGAAUUGAACCGAAAGCAGGUCAUUGAAAAAAAGAUAUCCAAUAAAAAAUAA